CUCUGUACGCCGUAGGCAAAUGGAUGCUGGUUGACUGAAGCCCUUCGCACCUCCCGUAUUACCUGCUGAACGUGGUCCGCCUUCUUUUCUCCAUACCUGAUCUCCGUACCUGGGUGUCUAAUAUCUGUGCGUUUAUCUCCUUUGCUGGCUUACAGAUUCCCUCGUCAUCUACUAGCAGACAGCAACAACAGCUCCCCGGAGUUGCCGCCUCGCAUAUGCCUAGAGCAAUAUAACCACUACGCGCGUAGUUGGUUGCCUCACGAGGUCGUUGGCCGAAGAACAUCAUAUCUUUCCUGUCGCAGGUUGUGGUUUUCUGGCAUCCUCACGUCAUCAGUCAUAUACCCACCGAACGUCUCCUCUCUCUUCCUAUCCGCAGUUCCUUUGCCAUCCGAAGAGCAAAAUGUCGGUUGAAGCGGGAGUAGAUCCAGCCGCCUUCAAUCUCAACCUCACUCCGGAAGAGAAGCGCGUCUUUGGUCAACUAUUUCGACAGGCCGAUACGGACAAUGUCGGUGUUGUCACGGGAGAGGUAGCGGUCAAAUUCUUUGAAAAGACAAGGCUGGAUUCGAAGACACUGGGCGAGAUAUGGCAGAUUGCCGACAACGAAAACCGAGGUUUCCUCACACCUGCCGGGUUCAGCGCUGUACUUCGGCUCAUUGGACAUGCCCAAGCUGGUCGAGAACCGUCGCUCGAGAUGGCUUCACAGCCAGGCCCUCUCCCCCACUUUGACGGCUUCCAGAUUCCUGGCCUCGCGUCUCCCCAAGCUCCGCCUGCCUCGACUCUCCAACCGCAGGGGACAGGAGGCCCCGUGCGGAUUCCACCCUUGACUCCAGAUAAGGUCAACCAAUAUGCUGCCCUGUUUGAGCGCCAGAACUUACGGCCGGGCGGCCUGCUUGCCGGGGAUGAGGCCAAGCAGAUCUUCGAGAAAUCUGCCUUGCCGAAUGAGGUACUGGGAAGGAUUUGGCAACUAGCAGACACGGAACAGCGAGGUGCUCUUGUGCAGACCGAGUUCGUCAUUGCUAUGCAUCUCUUGACCUCGAUGAAGUCCGGCGCCCUGAGGGCCCUCCCCAGCAUUCUUCCCGCUCCCUUGUAUGAAGCAGCCACCCGGCGCGGUUCCGCUUCGCGCCCGUCGCCCCAGAGCAGCAGUGUCAUAUCUGCCAUCCCGAGACAGAUUAGCGGCACUGCGCCGAUCCGUACGGGAAGCCCCCUUAGCCAACCGCCCGUCACUCCAACCGGCCCUGACUGGCUCGUUACGCCGGCCGAUAAGGCGCGCUUCGAUCAGCUGUACGAUGAACUCGAUAAGACCCGGAAAGGCUUCAUCACGGGCGAGGAAGCGGUUCCCUUUCUGGCCCAGUCCAGCUUGCCAGAAGAUGUCUUGGCGCACAUUUGGGACCUUGCCGAUGUCAACUCGGAGGGCCGUCUCACCCGAGAUACAUUUGCCGUCGUCAUGUACCUGAUACGCCAACAGCGCACAAGACGCGAUGCCCUCCCAUCGUCACUUCCUCCCAAUUUGAUCCCUCCCAGCUUGCGACAGCAGCCCCGUUCCCUGGCAGCCAGCUCCCCCUUCGAGGCUGGAUCCCCAAUUCCAACUCAGUCGCAGCCUCCUCAGGCAGCUCCGGCCACAGUGCCAGUAACCAAGUCGGCGCUCGAUGAUUUGUUCGGACUAGAUGCCUCGAGUCCGGCGAACGCCGUGGCACAGAUCCAGACUGCUCAAACCACCGGGGGUUCAGCUGGGCGUGAUUCCUUUGCAACACCAACGAAGCCCCAGUCUAUAGCUUCUCCUGCCAAGCCUUCUUCGCCUGUAUCGACUCAGUUCAAACCAUUUGUACCCUCGUCUUCCUUUGGCCGAGGUCUGACGGCACAGGCGACAGGGGAUUCCGCGGGCUCAGGGGCUGGCGUGAAUAAACUCUCAACCCUCGCAUCCGCGUCUGAUGAUCUUCUCGGUGAUAACGAUCCGGAGAUCAGCAAAAAGUUGACAGGAGAGACGACCGAGUUGGCGAAUCUCUCCAACCAAGUCAGUUCACUGUCCAAACAAAUGCAGGAGGUUCAAGGGCAACGAGCAACUGCACAGAAUGAGUUGAACCAGACGAAUGCGCAGAAGAAGAACUUCGAACAGCGCCUCGCACAACUGCGCACAUUAUACGAGAAAGAAGCCAACGAUCUACAGGCACUGCAGGACCAGCUCAACGUGUCGCGCAAGGAGACACAGAAGCUUCAGGCCGAGUGCAUGCAGCUGGACACCACAUACCAAGACCUCCUUGUGCAGCAUCAACAAGUAUCGGCCAGCCUCGAGGCCGAUAAGCAGGAGAAUGCGAAGCUCAAAGAGAAGAUGCGGGUGGUCAACGCCGAGGUCACCCAGACCAAAGCGCAAAUCGAAAAGCUCAAGUCGGAGGCACGGCAACAAAAGGGACUCGUCGCUAUCAACAAGAAGCAGUUGCUCACGAGUGAGGCUGAACGGGACAAGCUGCAGAACGAGGCGGGAGACCUUGCAAAGAGCAACAUGGAAGCACUUUCUCGCCAAGACACCGGCACCUCCCUACCUGGAUCUACCACUACCAUCACGAGCCCGGCUGCCUCGGUUGCUAGUGCCAAUAAUCCCUUUUUCAAGCGGACUGCUAGUACAGAUAUUAUGGGCGCCUUUGGCUCCCCCGGGGUCAAACCGAACGCAGCGGACCAGUCCUUCGACGAUAUUUUUGGACCAUCUAACCCGACUCCUGGGCCUGUCAGCACGCCUCCUCCCCCGCCGCCUGCCGUGUCGUUCAAACCCCAGAACACAGGCGCGUCUACCGGCAGUGUGGGUUCAUUCAAUACUCCUCCUACUACUUCCCCGGGCGUGAGCCGGCAAGGUACCUUGACCGCCGAGCCACCUGCGCCGCCACCAGAGUCCCGGCAGACGAGUUCCGGCUUCAUGCCGUUUCCUGAUACCGCGGAAUCGGUGACAUCGUCGCGCGCCGUCUCGCCGCCCACCCCACGAGUGGAUGAAGCGGCGGAUAUCGCAACCACACCCACCCAGCCGUCGCAUGCAGCCCCGGGCGCGUUCCCUGCAGAAUCUACGUUGACCGGUGACGCUGCCAAAGAAACCAAGCCUGCGAACGAGAGCGUACUCUCUACCAAUGGCGAUGCCAGCCUUUCAGGCAAUGCCACCACAGCCGAAAAGGCUGCCGAGGAAGGUGUCGACCCCUUUGAAGCACUGGACCAGGACAAGGCGAAAGCAGAGUUCGAGAAUGCCUUUGCGACAUUCAGCAAGGCGCACAAAUCCUCUGCUAGACCGGGAACUGACACGAACAAGUCGACCUCGGCCUUCGACACGACCUCGGCCUUCGACACCGAAUUCCCCCCUAUCUCUGAGCUUGAGCGGUAUGACGACGACUCUGACACUGCCAGCGAAAGGGCCGCCGGGUUUGAGGACGACUUUGCCCCCGUUUCUCCACCUCGCCAGCAAGAGCAGCCUUCUGCAGCAGUCGACGACCAGGGUCUGGCAGGUCCCGCAAAAUCAGACGGGACUCCGCCCGAGUCCAGUGAGAAGAGCCAACCUCGGGAGCCGGCGCGGUAGCGCCCCUGGCCGUGGCAUCAACGACAUCUCAAGCUGCUGACAACUUUUUUGGGUCCACUGUGUCUGUGCCAACGUCGGGUCCGGCGUCUGGCCAGGGGUUGACAUCCUCCUCCUCCCAAGCCCAGGUCAGCAAGGGAGGUUUUGAUGACUUGGAUGACGACUUCGAGGGCCUUGA